AUGAUUCCAGCGACGGUGAUGGCUGAGUCACUUCCAUUGGGAAGCAGAGGCAGCCUAUCUGGAGACUUGGGAGCGCUGCUGGAGUCCAAGGAGGCUGCUGAUGUCACGCUGGAGGUGUCUGGAUCCCGGCUGUCGGCCCACAAGGCCAUCCUCGCAGCCCGCAGUCCCGUGUUCAGAACCGAGCUGCGGGAUGUCACAACGGAUAGCGACAGCCUCACCAUACGGAUCUCCGACAUGAAGGAGGAAGUCUUGAGGCAGGUGCUCUGCUUUAUGUACACAGACCAGGUGCCACGCCUCCGUACUUACGUGGCUCAUCUCAUAGUGGCAGCAGACAGGUAUAACAUUCCACUCCUCAAAGAACUGUGUGAAGACACUUUGGCAAAAAAUAUCACAACAGCCAACGCUUCAGCAAUAGCAGUUAUUGCAGUGAAGUACUCUUGCGCCAAACUGAAGGAGGUCGCCAUCAACUUCAUAAGGGCUCACAAUGAAGUGUUGGCCACAAGUGGCUGGGAGGAUGCGAUCCUGAGGCAGCCCAGAACUGUAGCAGAGAUCUGUCGCCUCCUGGUAGCCAAACCGUCAAAAAAGAGUGCAGAACAGUCACCAUCGACAGACGUGGAGCAGCGGAGAGGGUCCCUGGAGGAGGACCUGUUGGCGCUGCUGGAGUCUGGGGAGGCGGCGGACGUGACGCUGAGGGUGGGCAGGCGAGGCGGCCGGCUGGCGGUGCACCGGGCGCUGCUGGUGGCUCGCUGCCCCGCGCUCGCCGCCGUGCUGCGCGUCAAGGGCGUGCGGCCAGCCGUCUUCGCGGAAGUCAUGCGCUUCGUCUACACGGGGAAGGCGGCGCUGGAGGCGGACUCGGCAGCUUUGUGUGAAGAUGUGGCAGAGUGUGGUAUGAACUGCUCAGUGUGCACAGUAAUAAAGUUUUUUAUUCCUGAGAAUUCACAGUUCAUAACAAAUUUUCAUAUGGAAUUCACUAUUGACACCAACCCAGCAGCGGAUCUGAAUUGGAGGCUUCUGCAGGCAGCUAAGGAUGGAGCAGUGGAGGAACUGCGGGUGCUGCUCGCUGUUGGGGCAGAUGUGGAGAUAAAGGACGAGUAUAGGAAGACAGCUCUCCAGUGGGCAGCAGAGAGAGGGUAUGCGAAGGCAGUCGAUUGUCUACUGAGCAAUGGGGCAGAAGUGAACACCAGGGACAGAUGGCAGCUUACACCGCUGCACAGGGCAGCAGAGAGGGGGCACCAGGAUGUGGUAACUGUGCUGCUUGAAGCAGGAGCAGACAAGUCGGCCAUGGACAACAGAGGGAGAACACCUCUGUACAUCGCCAAAGUGAUCAACAGGUGGCAAGUGAUGGACAUUCUGAGGUGA